CGUUUUCUUCAUUUCAUAACUUCCAUUCGUCUCGUUCAAUUCGUUUCUUUUUUGUGAGUGCCGCCUGCCGCCGCCGUUGAACUGUCGAUGGAAGAUUCUGCGCACAGUUAUAAAAAUUUCUUUGUUUCUUUUGUCUGUCAAACAUAUAAUUUUUAAAUUAUAAUCUACCAACCGUUACUACUUCAAUUUUGUUUAAAACUUUUUUUUUUUAAUCAACUUUUAUAACUCAAUAUAAUACUUAACUACAAUGGAAACUGCUAGUGCUGAAGAACAACAAUUUGAUAAAAAACUUGAAAUAGCGAACAAAGCAAAGGAAACCUACUCGCAACUUUACAAGGAACUCGUCGAUAAUUUGAGCUUGGAACAUUUGGAUGACAUUGUAAACAUCCUCAAGGCAGACAAUGUCGCCUUCAAUAAAGAGACUCUUUUGGCUAAUGUCAAAGAGAAUCUAUUGAAAGAUGUUGUCACUUCUAUGGACAAGAGCUGGACAAAUUGCAACAUUGGAGUGAAUAUUGCAACUCUGGAAAUCAUGAAAGACAGAUUUCAGAAUCACCAAGAGACUAAUUGGCGUCCAACUGGCAAAUCUGUAGACGAACAAACUCUACCCAUUCGAGUGCAAAAGUUGGACGCCCAAUGCAAAUACCUUCAGAGACAAGUUGAUUUCCAAAAUGCCAAAUUGGAGGAACUCUUACAUCAAAAUACGAUUUAUCGUAAUGAUGUGGAACAAGUUAAGGUUCAACGGAGUUUCAUUCGAGAACACAUGCAUCGUGGAACGGCUGAGUUGGAAAAUCUUAAAACCGAAUAUAAAGAUAUAAUAUUGCAAAUUCUUAAUGAGGAUUAAGGAGAAUGUAUUUAGAAUGGAUGAGAUGGGUAUCUUUACCUGCGUCCAAGCAUGAUUAAAAUUAAAUUCUCUUGUUUGUUAUUUUGCAGCUGCUUGUUUGCGGCAA